AUGGCACAAUCAGUGCUGGUACCACCAGGACCUGACAGCUUCCGCUAUUUCACAAGAGAAUCACUUGCAGCUAUUGAGCAGCGUGUCAAUGAAGAAAAAGCUAAAAAAUCCAAACAAGAACGCAAAGAUGAUGAUGAUGAAGAUGGCCCAAAGCCAAAUAGCGACUUGGAGGCAGGAAAGACACUGCCAUUUAUUUAUGGCGACAUACCUCCAGGAAUGGUGUCUGAGCCCUUGGAAGACCUGGACCCAUAUUAUAUCAAUAAAAAAACCUUUAUAGUAUUGAAUAAAGGGAAGGCAAUAUUCCGAUUCAGUGCCACCUCUGCCCUGUACAUGUUAACUCCUUUCAACCCUCUUAGAAAAAUAGCUAUUAAGAUUUUGGUACAUUCAUAUCCUUCAUUAUUCAGCAUGCUUAUCAUGUGCACUAUUUUGACCAACUGUGUAUUUAUGACCAUGAGUAACCCUCCAGACUGGACAAAGAAUGUAGAAUACACAUUCACUGGAAUUUAUACCUUUGAGUCACUUAUUAAGAUUCUUGCAAGGGGCUUCUGUUUAGAAGAUUUUACAUUUCUUCGAGACCCAUGGAAUUGGCUAGAUUUCACUGUCAUUACAUUUGCAUAUGUGACAGAGUUUGUGGACCUGGGCAAUGUCUCAGCGUUGAGAACAUUCAGAGUUCUCCGAGCUUUGAAAACAAUAUCAGUCAUUCCAGGCCUAAAGACUAUCGUGGGAGCCCUAAUUCAGUCUGUGAAGAAGCUCUCAGAUGUUAUGAUCCUGACUGUGUUUUGUCUGAGUGUAUUUGCACUAAUAGGACUGCAGCUGUUCAUGGGCAACUUGAGGAAUAAAUGCCUGCAGUGGCCUCCAGACAAUUCUACUUUUGAAACAACUGUUAUUUCCUACUUUAAUAGCUCUAUAGGUGAAAAUGGUACAUUUAUUAAUACAACAAUGACAACAUUUAACUGGGAUGAGUACAUCGAAGACAGAAAUCAUUUCUACUUCUUGGAAGGACAAAAUGAUGCUCUGUUGUGUGGCAAUAGCUCAGAUGCAGGUCAAUGUCCAGAAGGAUAUAUAUGUGUGAAAGCUGGUAGAAACCCCAACUAUGGCUACACAAGUUUUGAUACAUUCAGUUGGGCAUUCUUGUCACUGUUUCGAUUGAUGACUCAGGACUUUUGGGAGAAUCUUUACCAGCUGACACUGCGUGCUGCUGGGAAAACAUACAUGAUAUUUUUUGUUUUGGUCAUUUUCCUGGGUUCUUUCUACCUGAUUAACUUGAUCCUGGCUGUGGUUGCCAUGGCCUAUGAAGAACAGAAUCAAGCAACCAUGGAAGAAGCAGAACAGAAAGAAGCAGAAUUUCAGCAAAUGCUGGAACAACUGAAAAAGCAACAGGAAGAAGCUCAGGCAGCAGCAGCAGCUGCAGCAGCUGACUCAAGAGAUUAUAGUGGAGUAGGUGGAAUAGGUGGAUUCUCCGAAAGUUCUUCUGAAGCAUCAAAACUGAGCUCAAAAAGUGCUAAAGAAAGGAGGAAUAGAAGAAAGAAAAAAAAGCAAAAAGAACAAUCUGAAGGCGAGGAGAAGGAUGGGGAAGAAUUUCACAAAUCUGAAUCAGAGGACAGCAUCAAAAGGAAAGGUUUCCGAUUUUCCAUUGAGGGGAAUAGACUGACAUAUGAAAAGAGAUUCUCUUCCCCACACCAGUCUUUGCUGAGCAUUCGUGGCUCCCUGUUUUCCCCAAGGCGCAAUAGCAGAACAAGUCUUUUCAGCUUCAGAGGUCGAGCAAAAGAUGUAGGAUCAGAAAAUGACUUUGCUGAUGAUGAGCACAGCACUUUUGAAGACAAUGAGAGCCGAAGAGAUUCUCUCUUUGUUCCUCAUAGACAUGGUGAACGGCGCAACAGUAACAUUAGUCAGGCCAGUAGGUCAUCCAGGACAGUACUUCCACUUCCAGCAAAUGGGAAGAUGCACAGCACUGUGGAUUGCAAUGGAGUAGUUUCUUUAGUCGGUGGGCCGCCAGCUCUGACGUCACCUACUGGACAGCUUCUGCCAGAGGUGAUGAUUGAUAAAGCAGCCACUGCUAGCAAUGGCACUACUACAGAAACUGACUUAAGAAAGAGACGUUCUAGUUCUUACCAUGUUCCUAUGGACUACCUAACAGAUCCUAGUGCAAGGCAAAGAGCAAUGAGUAUAGCCAGCAUGCUUACAAACACAAUGGAAGAGCUGGAAGAAUCCAGACAGAAAUGCCCACCAUGCUGGUAUAAAUUUGCUAACACUUGCUUGAUUUGGGACUGCUGUACUCCCUGGCUGAAAGUCAAACAUAUUGUAAAUUUGAUUGUGAUGGACCCAUUUGUUGAUCUGGCCAUUACUAUCUGCAUUGUCCUAAACACCCUGUUCAUGGCCAUGGAGCACUAUCCAAUGACAGAACAGUUUAGUGGUGUGCUUUCAGUAGGAAACCUUGUGUUUACUGGAAUUUUCACAGCAGAAAUGUUUCUCAAGAUAAUUGCCAUGGAUCCUUAUUAUUAUUUUCAAGAGGGGUGGAAUAUUUUUGAUGGUUUUAUUGUGAGUCUUAGUUUAAUGGAGCUCGGCCUUGCAAAUGUAGAAGGAUUAUCUGUCCUUCGAUCAUUCCGAUUGCUUCGAGUUUUCAAAUUGGCAAAAUCUUGGCCAACUCUAAAUAUGCUGAUUAAGAUUAUUGGCAACUCAGUGGGGGCUUUGGGAAAUCUGACCCUGGUGCUGGCCAUCAUUGUGUUCAUUUUCGCUGUGGUUGGGAUGCAGCUGUUUGGGAAAAGCUACAAGGAAUGUGUCUGCAAGAUCUCUAGUGACUGUGAACUUCCACGCUGGCACAUGCAUGACUUUUUCCACUCUUUCUUGAUUGUAUUUCGAGUACUGUGUGGAGAAUGGAUAGAAACGAUGUGGGAUUGCAUGGAGGUUGCAGGCCAAACUAUGUGCCUUACUGUCUUCAUGAUGGUCAUGGUGAUUGGAAACCUAGUGGUACUCAACCUCUUUUUGGCCUUGCUGCUGAGCUCAUUUAGUUCAGACAACCUUGCUGCUACAGACGAUGAUAAUGAAAUGAACAAUCUACAGAUUGCUGUGGCAAGGAUUCAGAAAGGCAUAGAUUAUGUGAAGAGAAAAGUGCGUGAAUUCAUCCAAAAAGCCUUUGUUAGAAAGCAGAAAGUUUUAGAUGAAAUCAAACCUCUUGAAGACCUAAACAACAAAAAAGACAGCUGUAUUUCCAACCACACAAUAGUAGAAAUAGGUAAAAACCUUGCCUAUCUUAAAGAAGGGAAUGGAACUACCAGUGGCAUAGGCAGCAGCGUGGAAAAAUAUGUUGUUGAUGAAAGUGAUUACAUGUCAUUCAUAAACAAUCCAAGUCUCACUGUGACAGUGCCAAUUGCUGUCGGGGAAUCAGAUUUUGAAAAUUUAAAUACAGAGGAGUUCAGCAGUGAGUCAGACCUGGAAGAAAGCAAAGAGAAGUUAAAUGCAUCCAGUUCAUCAGAAGGCAGCACAGUUGAUAUCGGACUACCUCCAGAAGGGGAACAGCCAGAAGCAGAACCUGAAGAAGCUCUGGAACCAGAGGCUUGUUUUACAGAAGGCUGUGUUCGGAGAUUCAAAUGCUGUCAAGUCAGUGUAGAAGAUGGGAAAGGGAAAAUCUGGUGGAAUCUUAGGAAAACCUGCUAUAAGAUUGUUGAACACAACUGGUUUGAGACCUUCAUUGUCUUCAUGAUUCUUCUCAGCAGCGGUGCUCUGGCAUUUGAAGAUAUAUACAUAGAGCAACGUAAAACUAUCAAGACCAUGCUGGAAUAUGCUGACAAAGUUUUUACUUACAUCUUCAUUCUGGAAAUGCUUUUAAAAUGGGUGGCUUAUGGCUUUCAAACCUAUUUCACUAAUGCGUGGUGCUGGCUGGACUUCCUGAUUGUUGAUGUCUCUUUGGUUAGCUUAACAGCUAAUGCCUUGGGCUACUCAGAACUUGGUGCGAUUAAAUCCCUUAGGACACUAAGAGCUUUGAGACCUCUAAGAGCCUUGUCGCGAUUUGAAGGGAUGAGGGUGGUUGUGAAUGCCCUCUUAGGAGCAAUUCCAUCCAUUAUGAAUGUGCUUCUUGUUUGCCUUAUAUUCUGGCUGAUCUUCAGUAUCAUGGGAGUAAAUCUAUUUGCUGGAAAAUUUUACUACUGUGUUAACACUACAACUGAUGAGAGAUUUGAUAUCAGUCAAAUCAACAACUAUAGUCAAUGUGAGGAGCUCAUAAAAAACAAUGAAACUGCCCGGUGGAAGAAUGUGAAGGUUAACUUUGAUAAUGUGGGCCUUGGUUAUCUUUCUCUGCUUCAAGUAGCUACAUUUAAAGGAUGGAUGGAUAUCAUGUACGCAGCUGUGGAUUCUCGUAAUGUUUUGGAUCAACCUAAGUAUGAAGAUAACCUGUACAUGUAUCUUUACUUUGUCAUCUUUAUCAUCUUUGGAUCAUUCUUUACCUUGAACCUUUUCAUUGGUGUCAUCAUAGACAAUUUCAACCAGCAGAAAAAGAAGUUUGGAGGUCAAGACAUUUUUAUGACAGAAGAACAGAAAAAAUACUACAAUGCAAUGAAAAAAUUGGGUUCAAAGAAACCACAAAAGCCUAUACCUCGACCAGCAAACAAAUUCCAAGGCAUGGUCUUUGAUUUUGUAACAAAACAAGCAUUUGAUAUCAGUAUCAUGAUACUUAUCUGCCUUAAUAUGGUCACAAUGAUGGUAGAAACAGAUGAUCAGAGUGAGGACAUGGAAAACAUUUUAUAUUGGAUUAACCUGGUGUUUAUUGUCCUUUUCACUGGAGAAUGUGUCCUGAAAUUGAUUUCACUUCGCCAUUACUACUUUACUAUAGGAUGGAAUAUUUUCGAUUUUGUGGUUGUCAUUCUCUCCAUAGUAGGUAUGUUCUUAGCUGAGAUGAUUGAGAAAUACUUUGUGUCCCCGACACUAUUCAGAGUCAUCCGACUUGCCAGAAUCGGUCGAAUCCUGCGUCUCAUUAAAGGCGCUAAGGGAAUCCGCACUCUGCUUUUUGCUUUGAUGAUGUCUCUUCCUGCUUUGUUCAACAUUGGUCUGCUGCUGUUCCUGGUCAUGUUUAUCUAUGCGAUAUUUGGCAUGUCCAACUUUGCCUAUGUUAAGCGGGAAGUUGGGAUUGAUGACAUGUUCAACUUUGAAACAUUUGGCAACAGCAUGAUCUGCCUAUUUCAAAUUACCACAUCUGCUGGCUGGGAUGGCUUGCUAGCCCCAAUUCUUAACAGUGGGGAGCCAGACUGUGACCCCCAUAAAGAUCAUCCGGGGAGCUCUGUGAAAGGCGACUGCGGCAACCCUUCCGUUGGGAUUUUCUUCUUUGUCAGCUACAUUAUCAUAUCAUUUCUGGUAGUGGUGAACAUGUACAUUGCUGUGAUUUUGGAGAACUUCAGCGUUGCUACUGAAGAAAGCGCUGAACCCUUGAGUGAGGACGAUUUUGAGAUGUUCUAUGAAGUUUGGGAGAAGUUUGAUCCCGAUGCAACACAAUUCAUAGAGUUCAGUAAACUAUCAGAUUUUGCAGCUUCGUUAGAUCCUCCUCUUCUUAUAGCAAAACCAAACAAAGUCCAGCUUAUUGCAAUGGAUCUGCCCAUGGUAAGCGGCGACAGAAUUCACUGCCUUGACAUCUUGUUUGCUUUCACAAAGCGUGUUUUGGGGGAAAGUGGGGAGAUGGACGCCCUCAGAAUACAGAUGGAAGAUCGGUUUAUGGCAGCCAAUCCUUCUAAAGUCUCCUAUGAACCAAUUACAACCACAUUAAAACGGAAACAGGAGGAAGUAUCUGCUGUCAUUAUUCAGCGUGCUUUCAGACGUCACCUUUUAAGGCAAAAAGUCAAAAAAGUUUCAUGUAUAUUUAAUCAGGAUAAAGGUAAAGAUGAGGAUGAUCUGCCCAUGAAAGAAGAUAUGAUUAUGGAUAAACUAAAUGAGAACUCUACUCCAGAAAAAACAGAUAUGACCCCAUCCACAACCUCCCCACCAUCCUAUGAUAGUGUAACAAAGCCAGACAAGGAUAAAUAUGAAAAAGACAAAUCAGAAAAAGAAGAUAAAGGUAAAGACAGCAGGGAAAGUAAAAAGUAA